AUGGCACAUAUCCAGGACCAAAAAUUUACCGAGUUAGGCUUGCGGAAAGUUGUUUCAGCAGGGAAGAUCACGAGUUAUCAUAGAGAUCUAGACAAGGCCAGCGAUGGCAACCCGAUCCUAGUACUGCUUCAUGGAUAUCCCCAGAGCGCUUACAUAUGGCGUCUCCUGGUUCCAUUGCUCCCAGGCAAGCCUCUCUUCAUCCCGGACUUGCCUGGUUACGGAAGCAGCGCUCCAACCGACCGACACGACAAGGUCAACAUUGGACUGAGAGUAAUUGAAGCUCUCCAUGAGGUAUUCAGCCAUGGAGACAAGAAGUUGAUCGACAGCCCGCCAAUUGUCCUCAUAGGCCACGACCGUGGCGCUAGAGUAGCACACGCACUGCACGUCUCCACCGGGCAGGCCGCCGUCUUGGGAUUCCAGAUCAUUGGAGUGGCCUUGUUGGACAUUGUUCCGACUUUAUCACAAUGGGAGAUCGGAGACACAGCCGCUGCUCAAACUGGUUACUUUCACUGGUCUUUCCUCGCCAACGUGACCAUUGCCAAACCUAUGAUAUUGGCGUAUGGUGGCGGAAAGUGGGCCAACAACAUGAUCACACGUUGGGCAGGGUCUAAUGAAGAAGGGCUUGACAAGCUGAGAAGCGGUGAUUCCCUCAGUGUCUACGGCAGCUUCUUUGACCAGGAGUCUGUUAUCGAAGCCUCAUGCAGAGAUUACGAAGCUGGUGCGACAACUGAUCUUGAUUUCGAGCGAAAGGCUAUCGAAACUAAUCAACGUAUCGUUGUUCCACUGCUCUUAGUCUAUAGCCAAGGAUUUCUACCGAAACGAGCCAGGAAGCCUAUAACGGAGGUGUGGAGUCAGCCUUGGAGCGACGGCCCGAGCUUAAUAACCGCAUGUCCUCUCGGAAAUGGCAUCGGCCAUUUUAUCCCGGAAGAAGCGCCGGAGCUGACUGCAGAAGCGUUGCUCAAGUGGUUGCCGUUACUUUGA